AUGCUCAAGCCACCACCUUCAUAUACUAUAAGUUUUCAAUUGACGCGAAUAUGUCACCAGCAAGUAAAAAUUUCCUCAUCAAUCCUUAAUCUUAAUGUAUCAAGAAGAUAUUUGUCAUCUUCAAGGGAUUCAACUACAGAUUUUGAUUUUACAUCAAAUAUUCAAUUAGUUCCUCGUUGGAAAAAUAUAAAAAGUAAACUAGCACAAACUGCAACUACUGCAUUAUCCUGUACCAGUGAAGUUUCUCAAAAUUCACCAAUAUAUCAGAAUUUACCCUUCAAAGCAACACCAAAAGUUAAUUCUACUAAUUUAAAAUCUGCAUUAAAAGGAAAAGACUGGUUAUCGACAUAUUUUCAACUAACAAAACCACAUUUGACAUUUUUAGUAAUGUUGAGUAGUAUAUGUAGUUAUGCUCUUUCACCAUAUACUGCUGAUUUAACACAACUUAUAGCUUUAACGGUUGGAACAACACUAUGUUCGGGUAGCGCAAAUGCUAUUAAUAUGGGUAGGGAACCUUCUUUCGAUAGGCAGAUGACCAGAACGGCAAUGCGUCCUGUAGCUCGUGGCGCAUUAUCAUCAAAACAAGCUUUUAAAUUUGCUGCAGGUUGUGGAACUAUGGGUGGAGCUAUACUUUUAGCAGGCGUUAAUCCAGUAGUAAGCUUAUUAGGUGUUAGCAACAUUGCAUUAUAUGGUUGGCUAUAUACUUCAUUAAAGAGAACUUCAAUAUUAAAUACUUGGGUAGGUGGCUUGGUAGGAGCAAUCCCACCUUUGAUGGGGUGGGCAGCUGCAGCAAAUAUGCCUGCAUUAUCUCUUUUAGAUCCAGGGUGUUGGUGUCUAGCAGGUUUAUUAUAUGCUUGGCAAUUCCCACAUUUUAAUACUUUGAGCCAUGGAAUUCGUGAACAAUAUCGUAAAGCAGGGUAUAUUAUGACAGCUUGGAAAAAACCACUCUUAAAUGCAAGAGUUGCUGCCCGUUAUUCUCUUCUAAUGUUUCCGUUAUGUUUUGGUUUAACAUGGUAUGGGGUUACUGAUCAAUGGUUCCCAUGGGAUUCAGGUUUGGUAAAUGGCUGGCUAGCAUUUUGGUCUUGCCGUUUCUAUUGGCAACAAAGAAAAGUUAUUCUUGGCAAGUAUAAAGGUAAAAACUUAGAAGAAGCUAUUAUUAAAGUCAAUAAAUAUGCCAAGAAGGGUUUCUGGUGUAGUAUAGUUCAACUACCACUGGUACUGAUUUUGGCAAUCAUUCAUAAAAAAGGUAGAUGGGAUGGCGUUUUUGAAUAA